AUGGGGCCGCGCUGGCUGCCUCUGUUCGCGCAGCUGGUGGUGCUGCAGCUGCCAGGGGCCUGGGCCAAGGACACCAUCAGGGUCUUCGUGGUGCCCCACAGCCACAUGGACGUGGGCUGGCUCUACACGGUCCAGGAGAACAUGCAGAUCUACGCCGCCAGCGUGUACACCUCGGUGGUGCGGGAGCUGACCCUCAAGGAGCACCGGCGCUUCAUCGCCGUGGAGCAGGAGUACUUCCGGCUGUGGUGGGACCGGUUCGCCUCGAGGACCCAGAAGCUCCAGGUCCGCGAGCUGCUGGCCCACGGACGCCUGGAGUUUGUGAGCGGAGGCCAGGUCAUGCACGAUGAGGCGGUGACGCACUUUGACGACCAGAUCCUGCAGCUCACAGAAGGACACGGCUUCCUUUACGAAACGUUCGGGGUCCGGCCACAGUUCUCCUGGCAGGUCGACUCGUUUGGCGCCUCUGCCACGACGCCCACCCUGUUUGCCCUGGCGGGGUUCAACGCCCAUGUCAUCUCCCGGAUCGACUAUGAGCUAAAGGAGGCCUUGAUGCAAGUGCAGGAGAUGCAGUUCGUGUGGCGAGGGUCCCAGUCCCUGGCGGAGCGGCAGGAGAUCUUCACGCACGUCCUGGACUUUUACGGCUACUGCUCGCCCCCUAACCUCUCUCUCUCCCGCAGGGUAGGGUAUUCCUGGGAAGGUGAGGCCCCGUUGCUCACACAAUUCCAGGGUGGGGAACACAGCAGCCUGAAUGACCCCGUCACUGUGCGCAACAUCGAAAUGUACGUGGAGAGGUUUGUGUUGGACGUGAAGUCGCGGGCCCGUGGGUAUCGGACCCCGCACAUCCUCUGGCCCUGGGGGUGCGACAGGAAGUUCUUCAGCGCCGGCGUGCAGUUUGCCAACAUGGACCUCCUGCUGAGCUCCCUCAACACCCGCGCCUCGCAGCUGGGCGUCACGGUGGAGUACGCCACGCUGAGCGCCUACUUCCGCGCCCUGCACGCCCACAACGCCACCUGGCACGUCCGCGGCCACCAGGACUUCCUGCCCUACGCCUCAGAGGAGUCGCAGGUGUGGACCGGCUUCUACACCUCCCGCAGCCCGCUCAAGGGGCUGGCGAGGCGGGCCAGCGCGCUGCUGUACGCCGGGGAGUCCAUGUUCACGCGCUACAUGUGGCCCAGCCCCCGGCGCCGCCUGGACCCCCGCUGGGCCCUGACGCAGCUCCAGAAGCUCCGCUGGGCCGUCUCCGAGGUGCAGCACCACGAUGGCAUCACCGGGACGGAGGCCGUCAAGGUGGGGGACAUGUUCACGCAGCACCUGAGAGCAGGGAUGCAGGCCGUGCUCCGGCUGGUGGCCGCCAUCGUGCUGGACCCGCCCCGAGGCUCCCCAGGCUCAGAGCCCAGGGGACACUCUGCCGCGGUCUACAACCCCCUGGCCUGGACGGUCACCACUGUGAUCAACCUGACCGUGAGCUUCCCCCACGUCACGGUCACGGACGAGUCAGGCCGCCCGGUCAAGGCCCAGGUCCAGAGAUCGAAGGAGAUCCCACAUAAAUAUGACUUGUAUGUGCUGACCACGAUCCCGGGCCUCAGCUACCGGUACUACAGCGUCAGGCCCACCGAGCAGGCCCCGGAGGGCCAACAGGCAGCAACCGCCACCAUGGCCUUCACCUCCAAGCUUGACCGCAAGCCAAGAAGACUGAGCACCAGGCCCUUGGGCAAGAAACUGGUGUCCGUGAAGAAUGACUGCUACACUGUCUUCCUAGACCCGGACACCAACCUGAUGCACAGCAUCUGGGAGAGACAGAGUAACCGGACGGUCCGCGUGACCCAGCAGUUCCUGGAGUACACCGUCAACGGCAACAAGAAUGACCUCCCCGUCUCUGACAACUACGUGUUUCUGCCUGAAGGGCCUGCGGACCCCGCGUGGGAGGCAGUGAGCGUGGAGAUGGUGCGCGGGCGCCUCCUGACGGAGAUCCGGCAGUACUUCUACAGGACGUUGGAGGCCAAAGAGCACACCUACGCCAUCUACUCCCGCCUGGCGCACGUGCCGCUGGGCUACGACCGGGAGCUGCUCUGCCACCGCCUGGAGCAGGAGCUGCGCGUGGGCCCCCUGGAGGUGAACCGCGAGGCCGUCCUGAGGACCAGCACCGGCCUGCAGAGCCUGCGGGUCCUGCACUCGGACAGCAACGCCUUCCAGAUGCAGCACAGGCUCCACCGGGACUACCCGGCCCACACCAUCUCCCGGAAUUAUUACCCCAUGGUGCAGUCGGCCUACAUCGAGGACAGCAGGACCAGGCUGGUGCUGCUCUCUGAGCAGGCGCACGGCGUCUCCAGCCAGGGCGACGGAGAGGUGGAGGUGCUGCUUCACCGGCGGCUGUGGAACAACUUGGACUUGUCCCAGAUCUUCAACGUCACCCUGAAAGACGCCUCCAUUGUCCGCCCGGUGUUCUGGCUCCUGCUGGGACCCCUGUCCCUGACCACUCGCCUGCGCCCGCAGAGUGGGCUGGCCCUGCAGCACAGGCCUGUGGUGGUGCUGGGAAGGCUGCCUGAGGCCGACCCAGAGCGCCCUGUGGCCCGGCAGCCAGAGGCCGUGACGCUGCCCCCAAGCCUUCACCUGCAGACCCUGAGCAUCCCCGGCUGGACCUACAGCUCCAACCACACACAGCACCUGCAGAAGCUCCAGAAAGGUGAGGCAGGGAAGGCCAAGCCCGACCUCCGCCGGGUCCUGCUGCGGCUCCACCACCUGUACGAGGUCCGGGAGCACCAGGUCCUGUCUCAGCCGGUGACCGUGGACCUGAAGGCCGUGCUGCGGGGGCUGGGCACGCUGGUGGCCGUGGAGGAGCGCUCGCUCACGGGGACCUGGAGUGUGAACUCGCUGCGGCGCUGGAGGUGGAGGACACCCAACAAAGGUUUGGGAGCCUCUGGUUUGGGCGGCUCCCGGCCCAGCGCCCCGCACGGCCCCGUCGUCACCAUCGGCCCCAAGGAGAUCCGGACCUUCUUCGUCCACUUUCAGAGGCCUGUGGUGGUGGUGGUGAUGGUGUUGCUGUUGGUGGUGAUUGUGUGGCUGUUCGUGAUGGUGUGGUUGUUGGUAUGA